CAAGAAUGAGAGCAGAACAAACUCCUAAAGAAGGAGACUUACACAUGGCCUAUGAGACGGAGGAUCAGGAGACUCAAUACUGCUUUCCUGCCAUUAACUCAUCAUGUAUCAAGGGAAAACGCUCCAUACAUGAAUAUAAUUUUAUGUACAUGUUUUUGUCAUUGCUGUCAGCAUGGACUGUGUUUCUGAACCUGCUGGUGAUCAUCUCCAUCUCUCACUUCAAGAAGCUCCACACUCCAACCAACAUGCUCAUUCUCUCUCUGGCUGUGGCCGACCUGCUUGUUGGACUUAUUGUGAUACCGAUAGAGGGAAUCAAACUAAUUGAGACAUGUUGGUUCUUUGGAGACACUUACUGUGGACUGUUUGUAACAAUUAGUGGGCUGCUUCUCUCAGCAUCUCUUGUUCAUUUAAUUUUAAUUGCUGUUGAUCGUUAUGUGGCUGUGUGUUACCCUUUACUGUACCCUCAGAAAAUAACCAUUACUAAAACUUUAAUGAGUAUCUGUAUCUGCUGGUUUUCCUGUUUAGUUUACAAUUUUGCCAUUGUCUUUAAUAACAGAUAUUUUGAUACCUCACACAGAACAGUGUGUUACGGCAAGUGUAUUGUCAUGUUCAGUCCUGCUUGGAGUUUGACUGAUUUGACCUUGUCCUUCAUAUUUCCUUGUAUUGUGAUCAUCACUUUAUAUUUGAGGAUAUUCUAUGUUGUGCACAGGCAAGUAAAAGCUAUAAACUCUCUGGUGAAGGGUAGAAAAAAGGUUUUGGAAAGUUCAGCAAGGAGGAAAUCUGAGAGCAAAGCUGCUUUAACAUUAGGAAAUGUUGUAACAGUGUAUCUGCUUUGCUGGAUUCCAUACUAUAUAUUGUCUGUAACAGAACAAACUGUAAUCUCUUCCACUACAAUAACAAUUCUAACAUGGGCCUUGUAUAUUAACUCUGGUCUGAACCCCCUUAUCUAUGCUUUAUUUUACAGCUGGUUUAAAUUGUCAAUUAAACACAUCUUAACUCUUAAAAUAUUACAGUCAGCAUCUUCUCUGCUGGAUAUUUUUGCAGAUCAUUCAUGA